AUGACAAUGGCAACGGUGAGGGGAACUCCUUUGUGUUCUUCCAUAACCCUGUUCCGCCGAAGCUUUGCCCGAUUCCGAAAUCUUACCCUGGAGACCAAACAAGGGUAUCAUGAUCAUUCCACCAAAAACCUCGAUGCUAAUGAUUGCAACUUAAUCCUUGAAAUUUGUAGGAUUACUCGAACAAAGCCCCGUUGGGAGGACACCCUUCUUUCCCUGUAUCCAUCUAUCAAUUUUUCUGACCCCUCUUUAUUCCUCCUUUAUCUUAACCACCAGAACAAUGCCUUCCUCUCCCUUCGUUUCUUUCACUGGAUGUGCUCUUUUUGUGGUUUCUCACCUGACCAAUCAUCUUGCAAUGCCCUCUUCUGUGUGCUUGUGGAUGCUGGAGCUUGCAAUGCAGCAAAAUCAUUGCUUGAUUGCCCAGGUUUCACUCCCGAGCCUGCUUCUUUGGAGGAUUACAUUCAGUGUCUCAACAGGGCUGGGAUGGUUGAAGAUGCAGUUGAUAUGUUGAAACAGGUCGGCUUUUGUCCCUCAGUGGCAACUUGGAAUGCUUCCAUAUUGGGUUGUUUGAGGGCUGGGAGGACUGAUCUGAUUUGGACAUUGUAUGAACAGAUGACGGAAUCUGGUGUUGUUGCUAGCAUUAAUGUUGAAACUGUUGGAUAUCUGAUAAUGGCAUUCUGUGCAGAAAACAAAGUUUUGAAAGGGUAUGAACUUCUUAGGGAACUCCUGGAAAAUGGCUUACAUCCUGACAAUGUUGUUUUCAAUGCACUUAUAAGGGGGUUUUGUAAGGAGAGACAAUAUGCUCGAUUAUCUGAGAUCCUUCAUAUUAUGAUUGCCAAGCAAUGUAAUCCGGAUAUCUUUACUUAUCAAGAAAUCAUAAAUGGACUCUUGAAGAGGAAGAACUCUGAGGGUUUCCGGGUUUUUAAUGAUCUCAAGGACAGAGGAUAUUUCCCAGAUAGGGUUAUGUACACAACAGUGAUCAAGGGUCUAUGUGAGAUGGGAUGGACUGGGGAGGCCAGGAAGCUGGGGUUUGAGAUGAUUAAAAAAGGAUUUCAGCCAAAUGAAUACACCUAUAAUGUAAUGAUGCAUGGGUAUUUUAAGGUUGGUGAUCUUGUUGCGGCAAGGAAGAUUUUUAAGGAUAUGUGCGGCAGAGGUUAUGCAGGAACCACAGUUAGCUAUAGCACAAUGAUUUCAGGUUUAUGUUUGCAUGGAAAGACAGAUGAAGCACAGAGCUUGUUUGAAGAAAUGUUUCAAAAGGGCAUUAUUCGUGAUUUGAUUACAUACAACUCUCUUAUUAAUGGCCUUUGCAAGAAAGGGGAGCUGGUUAAGGCAACAAAACUAUUAAAUGAACUUCUUGCACAGGGAUUAGAGCCAUCGGUUUUCUCUUUUAAUCCUCUAAUAAAAGGACUAUGUGAAGAAGGAGACACACAGGGUGCGAUUAGGUUGUGGAAGGAUAUGUGUGAUAGGCAUUUGGAACCAACAGCCAGUACACAUGAUUAUAUUAUAACUGGAUUAUGCAAAGAAGGAAAUUCUUUGCAGGGAAUGGAAUGGCUGCUAAACAUUCCGAGAUGGAAGCUGAAACCCCAUGAGCAGACUUUUGAGUACCUGAUUAACAGUCUAUCACAAGAAGAUAGGUUGGAUGACAUUUUGGUUGUUUUAGAUAUCAUGUUUAGAAUAGGAUAUAGACUAAAUGAAAGCACAAUUCAUUCUUUGGUGAGUAAAUUUAGUAGGGAUAGUUUUCAUUUUCCUGACUUAAGGUUGGAGAAGAUCUUAGAAAGAAAUUGA